ACUCCACAAAACACCAACAACCCACAACAACAACCCCAUCGCACAAUGCCAAACCCAUUCGGCGUGUUCGGGUCAGACGCCGGGCCAUCAUCAGCACCAGCGACAACAUCAAACACCCGUGCUGCUAGCCCGGCACAACCGACGUCCCUACCACUUCCAGGGGCACCAAACCUCUCAAGCACCCAGGGAGGCAACCUGCGUCGGCCGGCGUCCCACGGUAGGCUGGCGCAGCUCAUGGUCCCAGGCAGGCCACGAUCAUCUUCCACGACAUCACAAGAAGCAGCCCCAGGAAUGCCUCAAGUGGUGACGGCGCAAAUGGUCACAGUGCACGCGGACGACAUCUCGGGAGGAAGGACAACUCCAGAACAGAGGAGGCGGACAGCACGAGCCGCCGCCGCCUCCCUCCUCGCCAGUGACGCAAAGUAUAAGAAGUUUGCUGCCCAGGUCGACCGGUGUCUUCAGUCGUUUGAGAGUGUCAACGAAUGGGCCGACUUCAUCUCCUUCCUCAGUCGGCUGCUCAAGGUGCUGCAGACCCCUUCGCCGCCGUACAGUGAGAUCCCUCGAAAGCUCAUCGUGGCGAAGCGACUGGCACAAUGUCUCAACCCAGCAUUGCCGUCGGGUGUGCACGCAAGAGCACUCGACGUCUAUUCCUACGUCUUUAGCAUCAUCGGGGUCGAUGGUCUCCGCCGCGAUCUCCUGAUCUGGUCGUCUGGGCUCUUCCCUUUCUUCCAGAAUGCCGCCACCUCGGUCCGCCCCGCACUCAUCAACAUCUACGAGAGCUACUAUCUCCCACUGAAGUCCGACCUGAGGCCGGCAACCAAGGCGCUGACACUGGCGCUCUUGCCUGGCGUGGAGGAGGAGACAGGCGACUUUUUCGACCAGGUCCUGGCGCUACUGAACAAGCUCUCCGACGCCGUCACAUCGCACUUCUUCCUUCAGACCAUCUUUCUCGUCAUGAUUUCCAGUCCAGCAUCCCGCUUGGCAGCGCUCAACUACCUCGCGCGAGUGUUGACCGAACCUCCAGCCGACCUUGCGACGUCGACAGAUUCAGGGCUCGUUAUCAGAGGCGUCGCGGCUGUGCUCGGUGACGACAACAUGCUCGUGCGACGUGGAGGCCUUGAUCUACUUCAAAGGAUAUUGCCUUUGAACGGGGCAAUUCUGAAGGAGGCAACCGAGGACGACCGAUCCCACCUCACACGUGCCGUCACCACUGUCGUCCUUGCCCGUGAUGUUUCACUCAGCCGCCGAGUCUACGCAUGGUUCCUUGGUACUGCCGAGUCUCCCGAGGACCGAGUCAAGUACUUCAAAGCCAACGGGUUGACCCUGUUGUCAGAAACGCUGUCCAGAGACAUGGAGAAGCUAGCAACCACCAGCGACUUUGCCGAGGGCCAAGCCCCGUACAAGGUCUUCCUCGCCUUGCUUGACAAGUGGGAGUUGGGUGAAUCCUUGUCAGAGAAUCUUGCUAUCCCGGCAUUGCAAUCUAUUCGUGCCGCAUCUAGUGGAGAACACGCGGAGGAGAUCCAAGGCCUGGCCGUAGCGGUCGACGAAGCUAUCGAACCAUCUGUUCUGUGGAAGCAGAUCUUCGACGCUAUCGACAAGGAGUUGCCAGAGGCUAAAGCCGAGCACGUCAAAUUCUCACAAUGGUUGAUAUCAACCAUUCCGCAGCGAGACGAAGAGACUGUCUCGGUUUACCUGCCGGUCCUCUUUGACCGUUCGCUCAAAGCGAUCACCGAAAAGUUGGAUCCAAAGGUUCUGGGGGAUAUGCUCGCCUUGGCUGCUGCCCUCCUUUCAGCCAUCCCGGAUAGUGUUUUCGCCCAAGGAGCCUCCGUGGAGGAAGCGGGCACCCGCGACACCCCACUGGAGACACUCAUUUUCGGCUCACCGCUCAAGCUAGAAUCGGCUGCGAAGCGGGUUCAAACAGAGGUCGUGCCGCGCCUCGUCACUACGACAUUCAAAGUGUGCGAGCAAGCUCUCAUAUCCAAAUGGGCGGCUGGGCUCGACCUCAAGGCUGUUGAUCUGGUUCGAACGCUAAUCGACCGCGAGGUGCCAUCAUUGUCGCUGGUUAAGGGCGCAGACUGGAUUGCAGCAGUACUUGUUGGACUGGGACGGGUUCGCUCAUUUGCGGUUGUCGACGUCCUUGUGGAUGCUGCAUUGCGCGCCAGCCGCUGCCGCCUUCUUCAACCGCCUAUCGUUGUCACGACUGAUUCAGUCAUGACGACGGUUUUGAACUCAUUGUUCCGGUACCUCGCCCCCGAUGCCGCACCGUACCAUGCUCGGGCGGUUGAGUUGAUCUGGGAGUACAAUCAACUGGCAGAACCACAUACGCUGGAAAGCGUGAUUGCCAGACGAAUGUCAGCUGUUCCUGGCAAGACAGAGGCGUUUGCAGCCUUUGGUGUGCUCUGGCGCCAGUCAGGCGAGAUCUUCCAGGUGCCAAUGUUAAUGAUCCUUGACGGCCUCAAGAGCGAAGACCCGCAGGUCUUGUGCGCGUCCGAGUCCUGGAUGCGCUGCAAUCUCAAGUCGUACUUCAGAAUGGUCGAUCCUCUCUUGCGGAGGCUGAUCGCCAUGAUCAGCAGGAACAAUGGCAAACUAGACGACGCAUCUCAGGUGACAUAUCUGGUCUCCAACCUGUCGAGCCUCUUCCGGUUUGGUGGACAGGGCCUGAGCAAGGCCUGCCAGUCGGCCGAGCCUCGCAAGUCCCCCAACGCCAUCUUUGUCCGCAACGUCGAGGAAAACUUUGCCGAGACUCACACGUAUCUCGACUUGCUCACCGACAUUCUCGCAAGACUAUUGAAAGACUCGGCCGAAGAGCAACUAUCUCUCCGCGUUCAGUCGGCUGCACUUGAGCUGCUUCAGCACCUCGUCUCCCGGGGCGACCUUUCCGUCAAGUGUCUCUUGCGCAUCAAGAAGACCCUCGUCGACAAGCUCACCGCUGCGACUCAACACCGCCGGCUGACUCUUCAAAACACAAUGCUUCACCUCCUGCACACGUCCAUUGCGGGCACAAAUGACGCAUUCAAGAAGAGCCGUGGACACCGCAUCACCUCGUCGAGUUACUCCGUCUCGGAGAAGCCAACGGUCCAGCCUGACGAAUCGGCAGCUCAGUUCGAGCAGUCCCUCGUCGACCUUAUCAUCGUGGGCAUCUCGUCGCCUGGCAACCGGCCCAUCCUGCAACACUGGGUCGACUUUGUGCUCAUGACGAUCCCACACUUGGAGAACAGGCCAGCGGAUCUUCGAACACUGUGCGACUGCUUCUGUGAGCAAUUGCGCAUGACCAUGCUUCAAUUGCGAAACACGUUUGAAGUUUCGACCGCCACCGAUGUCCCCGCGACGAUCACUGAGGCCGAGCCAAUCAUGUUGAUCGGCGUGCUCGAGAGACUUGCCGUCGUGCUUGGUAGCAAGACUGGUCAUCGUCGUAGCGAGGACCGAGACAGGCAGAACCACGAGGGUGGCGGCCUGUUGGGUUACCUCCCGACCGUGUUUUCGGUGGAGGCUCCUCAGGACUCUGCUGAGAAGUGCGAGGCGGCGCGCUACCUCGACGACAUUGUGGAGGCUCUGCUUGUUACCUGGACUGUGACUGCGGACUCGGACGAAGCCGAUUCUCAGUCGAGCUCCUUGACGGCAUCCAAGGUCCAGAUUAUGUCUCGCACCCGGACAAGAGCACGCAAGGCGCUUGAGAAACUGUUCAAGUCGCAACCCUCCGAGAUCCUCGGCAGCUGCAUCCAGGUCUGGGCUGCCCACCCCACGGAUAUCAAGGACGUCGAUCUGUUCGAUUGCGUCGACACACUGGCGCCGACGGCUCAGAAGGUGGUUGAUCUUGUCUGCGAGCACCUGAGCGGCAAGGGCCGCGGCUCCAUCAGCGACGCCUCUAGCCCUGCCUUGCUGGCCUUCCUUGAGGCAUACAUCAGCCGUCUCGAGGGCCCCAUUGCCAUUCAGGUCUGGAACACGCUGUUCAGUUACUCGCGCGACGUGCUCAGCCAAUCGAGCUCGCCCAAUGCGAAGGCUCAGCUAUUCCCUGUCCUGAGAUGCCUGACGAUCCUGGGUCAUAUCGUCUCUACGACCAGCGCGCUCGAGGACAAGCGGCUGCGCAGGGACCUGCAGGACACCUACGUCAAGGUUCUCGAUGCUGUUGUCACCAACUCUUCGAGGGUGGGCGACAGCGUCAGCUGGAGACGAGGCCGGAGACGCUCGCGCUCUCGGGCAUCAAGAGAUGCGGAGAAGACUUCGGAGGAGGCCACUGGUGUCGACACCAUCUACCAGUUCAUUGCCAACCCCGUGCUUCCGAACCUACGCACGCUGCUAGUCGACAAUGACCGCGUGUCGUCUGUCUGCAGCACUGUAUCGUCCAACAUGAUUGUUCCUGCCUUCAAGCAGAACAAGGUGGACAAGGCGGUGCUCAAUCUACUCCGGGAGAUGACAAAAAUCCCACCGGCGGUCAAGUCGUGGCGCCUGCCGAUCGGUGACGCGUUCAACGACAACCGGUUCUUCAAGAUUAAACCAGAGGACUCGGGCACUUGGAAGCCUCUGGUGCGCGCGCUGUUCGAUAGUGACAAGGAGAGGUUGAUCGACCUCCUAGGCCGUAUCUCGGCCGCGCCCUCCGCCAACAUCUUCACCAACCGUGAACUGGAGACGGUCUCGCGGUCGCUCAACCUUCGCCGCUUGUCAGUGGUUCUCCUGGCCGCGGAGCGGAACCACUUCCUCGCUCAACUCCCCAUGAUCCAGGAGAAGCUGGUGGAGAUCCUGCGUACCACCAUUGUCUCGCCCCGCGUCCACAGCGAGGUGUACUUGUGCUUGCGCGUGAUGAUGUGCCGCUACAGCCCGCAGCACCUGACCAACUUCUGGCCCAUCAUCCUCGCCGAGCUGUUGCGUGUGCUCGAGUCGACAAUGGACGACCCGCCCGCCGACGGAUCUGAGGACCUGCUGCUCGUGCUCGCGGCCUCAAAGUUCCUCGACCUGUUGCUCGUCAUCCAGAGCGAGGACUUCCAGAUUCACCAAUGGAUCUUUGUCACGGAUACGACCGACGCGGCGUACCCGCCCGAAGACUACAGUCCCGAGGCGCUGAUGGACCGGCUGGCGGAGGUUCUCGCAGAACUGGGGCCAGUGUCACCCGCGACGCCAACAGUGCCGUGCGACCAGAACCACCUUACGGGCUUGCGGCGACCGCACCUGAAGGGUCUGAAGACUCUGACCAGCCUGCAGCAGCUCUCGACAUUCUUCUCGCGCGCAAGCAUCGACACGUUUGAAGGCGUGUAUGCGGACACUGGGGUGGACUGGGAAGCUGUGGAGGACGGACUGAAUGGGGAGAUUUUCGAGGGAGAGUAG